CACUUGUACCGGCCGACACCGCCGCCGGCGCCGGAGAAGCCAGCAAGGGCCGCUGCCUCCUAGCGCAGGUGGCCACAAGGAAGCCGGCUCAGGUGCUUCCGGGCGGCCGGGGCAGCCAGCGAGAGCCUACAAACUCCAGGCAAGCGGCUGGGGGGAACCGUCGGUGAGUGUGCGCGUCUUUACGCAGGCUGGGACGUCGGUUUUAGGGAGAGGCGGGAUCGACUCAUAAAGGGACCGAAGCGUUCCCCAUUCACUUCCUCGAAAGUGUGGCCGCGGAGCGGGACUCAAGAUCCGGCCAGAGCCGGCGUGUUUACCUGGAAGGAGUCCCACAGGGCUCCUCGUGGAACUUCCUAGGCAGCGCGCUUACGGCGGGCGGCCCACCCUGACUUUGCCGCUAGAGGUAUUGCCCCCCCCCCACCUUGGCGGCAAGAAAGCGAGCAUGUAGCCUUACCUCUGCCCGGCCCGUUCCCAGAAUGUGGAUGAGGUCCCGACGAGGUGAUGCCCGAGCCUAGACCCCCGACAGCAACGGGAGCCUGGCGCGCGCACCGACGGUGCCUGGAGAUGCUGUGCAUGGCUACCCUGUGAACGCGCGUUUUGCACUCGGGUAAACUAUGGGGGCAAGAUUAGCAGGCGGUGGGGUCUCCCCUUUGACCGAUGGAGUGGGAAAGUGCGGAGGGGGGCGCUAGAGAGAUCUACUCCUCGUAAAUGAAGGAACGUUGGGUGAAGAGAUCUCCUCAACUUGCUUAUUUUGUAGCUCCCGAGUUUAGGAAGCUCUCCCCCCCCCCCAACUCCAUUUGGUCCGGCUGGAAUGGCACCCUGCGCAUGCACAAAGGGGCCUUCCUUCCUUAAUAUUGCAUCACAGCCCCCAGGGAUGAGCCCUAGCGCUGGAAAUGGGCUUGGUGAGCCUGGGUGGAUGGUGGUAGCCAAGGGUGAGGGGGGUGGGUGGGCAUUGAGACCAGCUCCUGUUGGUGGGCUUCCCAUGGGCAUCCGGUUGGCUGUGAGAACAGGACGCUGGACCAGAUGGACUUUUAAUGUGAUCCAGUUGUGUUGAACUAGAUGACAAUUCUAUGGUUCUUUAAUUGUAUCCACUGUUUUGGCCCCACCAUACUUUUAAAGCACACGGCUUCUUGGGAACUGUAGCUUAAGAGGUAAACAACAGUCUACAGGAUUAUUCAGGGGAAGCCAUGUGCUUUAAAUAUGCUAUGGUGCAUCUCUACCCAAAUGUAGCCAUUGCAUAAUGGGCUGCCUGUGGUGGGGAACUGUGGUGGGGACAGCUUAAAGUAAUUGCUAGAGUUUUCCAAUAUCUUUAAAUACAGGAGCGCUCUCUCUGUGUGUCUCUCAAACUGCAGGGGUGAGGCGAGUAAGGGGAGGACUAGGUACCACCAACCCCGACUAAAUGUUAUGCUCCUUGGGUGAAAAAUAGUCUUGGACUUUCAAGCGUUCUAAAGCAGGUACUCAUUGCUUUGUCUCUACUUACAUACUGUUUUUUUCCAAGGAAUGAGUGGGGAGAACAGCAAGGAAAACUAGUUGAUAGGAAAGAUAAACAAUUACAGGGGGAAGUUGGCUAGCAGUUCCUGCUCCCUGCUCCCUUUCAGUGUUACCUGCCUAUUUCUGGGAGACUCUUCAGCUUAUUUGACAGAGUUUGGGAGCUGCUUAUUCCCACACAGUUGUGUAUUCAAAGGCUGCAAACACAUUUACACACCGUGCAUUUAAAGCACCCCUCCCCCUACAAAAAAGAAUCAUGGGAAAUGUAGCUUACACAAAGCUACAUUUCCUAGCACCCUUAGCAAACUAUUAUAUAGUUCCUAGGAUUCUCUGGCUGGGUGUGCUUUAAACGUGUGGCAUGUCUGCAGCUUGAGACAAUGAAACCACAGCUUGAUGUACCUCUUGUUUUGUUUCCACUUUGACGAAGAUAAUACGUAGACACACAGCCGCUGGAGUGACUGUAAUUUAGAAAGUAUUUAGUCUGGACUGGAAGUAGGGGGAUAAGGACUUGUACAGUCAGUCUGGCACAGAACCUCCCUAAUUAUAACACAUCUUGAUUUACUCUCGCUCUCUAGGCACCUGCAGACCCUUCCUUCCUUCCUUCCCUCCAUUCCUUCCUUUUAUCCACACAGGCAGGAGGCAUUAUCAGAGUUCAAGGACACAUUCCAGCCAGGCAAAACCCCUCAAAGUGUGAUUUAUUUAUUUCUUUAAUAAAUUUGUAUACCUCCCUUCAUCAAAAGAUCUCAGGGUGUUCACAUAAUAAAAUUCACGAUAAAACAUAGUAAAAAAAUUUAAACCAAAACAACCCCCUUCCCACAGAUACAUUUGAAAGGCUAUAGGAUAUUAAUCAGCCAAAGGCCUGGCUGAAGAGUAUCGUUUUCUCCUGGUGCCUAAAAAUAUGUAAUGAAGGCCCAGGUGAUCCUCCCUGGGGAGAGUACCGUAUUUUUCACUCUAUAACACGCACCCGACCAUAACACGCACAUAGCUUUUAGAGGAGGAAAACAAGAAAAAAAAUAUUCUAAACGAAACAGUGGAUGUAUGAUUUUUGUGGUUCAUGCUGUGGCCACAGACAUGUGAUCUGACAGUGAGUUUGGAGUAGUCCAAUGCAAAAAUCCUGAGGAUCCAUGUGGAUCCGUGCUUUGUAAACACGUUUUUGCACCACUGCGGCCCCAGGCAACAGUGGGUGCGUGAUUUUUUUGGUGCAAGAUGUAGCCAUGGACAUGCUAUGUGAUCUGAUGGUGAAUUUGGGGUGACCCAGUGCAAAAAUCCUGAGGAUCCAUGUGGAUCCAUGCUUUGUAACCACGUUUUAAGUGGGGAGGAAAGGAAAAGCACUCAAGGGACAAGGAGCACGCGUGGGGUGGGUGGAGAAGGAUGCUGCUAAUAAUGCAGAAGAGGGGUAUAAGGGGAGAAGGCGCCUCUCCUCUCCCACUUUGCUCCUUUAAAGCAAGCAGGCUCUGCUUUUCUCCCUCCUCCCCGCUCAUCCCCGGCUUAGAGAGCUGAAAAACUUUGCUGCUAUGUAGCGAGCUGAGUGGGGAGGAGAGAGGGACAGAGAGCCUGCUUGCUUUAAAGGAACCAACCGGACAGGAGCUGCUUACACUCGUGUAAGCGGCUCCUCUCCUCUCCCACUUUGCUCCUUUAAAGAAGCAGGCUCUCUGUCCCUCUCUCCUCCCCACUCAACGUCUCUUCUCCCGCUUUGCUGUUUCAAAGCGAGCCACGGAGGAGGGAAGGAAGGGGAACCAUGGAUCCUCUGCUCACAACUGCAGCAGAUCCCCCCCGCCACCCGUAGGCAUUCGCUCCAUAACACGCACAGACAUUUCCCCUUACUUUCUAGGAGGGAAAAAGUGAGUGUUAUGGUGCAAAAAAUACGGUAUUCCAUAAACGGGGAGCCACUGCAGAAAAGGCCCGCUCCACCUUCUGGACCUCAUGUGGAUGAGGUGUACGAAGAAGGGCCUCAGAUGAUGAACACACAGUCCGGGAUGGUUUAAUAUGGGGAGAGGCUGUGAAGAAGGGAUAGUGAGAAGUGUGGUCUGGAUAGAGUCCCAAGGGCCAUAUAGAGAGGGCUCAAGGGUUGCAUUUGGCCUGCAGGCAUGAGGUUCCCCACCCCCGCUUUACGCCAAGGGGCUUUUUUUUAAGAAAAAGGUGAAAUGAAAUAAAUAAUGGGAUGUAUUUUAGUGGAGAGAGGAUGAAAGGUGGCGUGUGAAAGGAGCAGGAGGAGGCAGAGGGAUUAGCAGGUGUGGGAAAUGAUUUGGAAGGCAGAAUUCCUGGGUGCUCCACUCUCUUUUUUUGGAAGGUAUAUGCCAUCUGAGAUUAGCAUGGAAGGCAGGUAGUUUGGGAACCAAAGCAUAUUGUUGUUGUUUUAAAAAAACUUCUUUUCCUUAAACUGGGCGGAGACAGAAGCAGAAGAGCUGGUAGCUAGGACGCCCUGAAGCUAUUUCUGUUCCAAGAGAUCUUUCUAUGGAAAAUUACUACUCAUAACAUUAACUUUUAUAUAAGUUCCAUUACUUUCAGAACAUUUUACAAGUCUCAUUAAAAGCUUGAUUAUUCAAAUUGCUGGAUUUGCCCUCUGUUCACCCCCUCCUGCUUCUUUUUCCCUUGGCUGCUUCCUCUGAAUGGUAACUUUCAGAGAUAAUUACCCGGCUGGUUUGGUGCUCAUAGAAACCAGAACCUUAUGCAGACUGUGUCUGUUUCAGCUGUUCAGACAUGUUCUUAUGGAAGAAGCUAAGAAAGGGCAUGAGCCAGCUCUCAGCAAAAGGAGACAAAUUGACGUUGGGGAACAGCACCAAUGAUCUACCAUGGAGGGAUAUUGGUUCUGGCCAAAGAUUCAUCUUCCCCAGCAUCACAUUGGCCAAUCAGAUGCCCAUGGGAAUCCUGCAAGAGAACUUCCCUGCCUGUGUUUCCCACAAACAAGUAUGCAGAGGCAUGUUGCCUUCGACAGGGGAGGCAGAACGUCCACAAAUUUGUCUAUCCAAAUUGGUGGCCAACCCUCAAUCUUGUGGGAGCAAAUUCCACAGUUUAGCUACACACUGCACGAAGAAGGGCUUUCCUUUGUUCUGAAUCUUCUGACAUUCAGCUUCAUUGAAUGUCUCUGGGUUCUAGUAUAUGCGAGAGGGAGGAAUAACUUCUGUUUUCUCGACUCCAUAUCUAAUUCUAUCUAGCACGUCCCCUGCUUACUUGACUUUUUUUGAAACUAAAAAGCCUCAAAUGUUGUAAGCUUUUCUCAUGUGGAAGUUGCUCCAAGCCACUUGGUCAUCCUGGUUGCCCUUUCCUUGGGGUGAUUUUGGGGUCUCCCCUGGUGCAGUCAAUAACAACACCCCUCUUGUUAAUCAUUGCACUUGCCCGUGAGGAGCGUCUUAGUAAAUUGCACCCAAUGAUCUUUUGUAACAGGUUAGUAGCGGUGAGAAAACAAGUUCUACAACUCUUGGAAGGCUGGGAAGGAUAAUGGAAACCAACACCUUUUCUCACUUUCAAUAGUCUCUUUGUGGAAGUGCCCUUCCACCAUCAAAAUUGACUUUGAUCUGGGGGACUUUUUUGCCAGUUGCUGCCAGGCCUGUCUCAGUUAAACCAUUUGGCUGACUCUGUAGAGUCAAAGCGAGUCUACCACAUUUAUUUAUUCAUUUCCAUUUAUUGUUUCCUAUAAAAUCUCUUGAUAAGUGAUUUCACAGUGGAAAAAAAUCAACAAGAAAAACAAGAAAAAUGAUUUCAAAUCUAAUACAAAAGAUCUCCACUUAAAAGGCUUGUUAAUAAAAGGAAGGUCUGCAAUGGACGCUGCAAAUAUCAUAGAGACAGUGCCUGCCUGAUGUGUAAAUGGGAGGGAAUUCCAAAGAGUAGGUACCUCCAUGCUAAAAGCCAGGCUCCUGUAUCAUAUGGAACAGCCCAUCCCUUUCAGAGUGCAAUGACCAACUGGGUAUACAAGAGUUAAGAGUAUCAUUUAGGUAUCCUAGUCUCAACCUGUAUACCCAAACCAACAGUUUGAAUUUAGCUUGGUAACUAAUCAGCAGCCAGUGCAAUUCUUUCUGCAGUAGCAUAACAUGAUGGCGAUAGUCUUAGUCCCAGUCGACAGUCGAGCCCUACAGAGACUGUAUUGCAGCAAUACACUCGGGGGGGGGGGGGGGUUACCAGUACAUGGAUGACAGUGGUCAAUCUAUCCUGGUCCAAUUUGACAUCUCUUAAACCACACAGCUUUGGGAGUCUGAUUUAGAUUAAGGAAAUGUUGGUAUUGGGUGAGUCUAGAGAGAAGCGUAUUUUUCACACUUUUUCUAAAGUGUUAUUUACUUUGGAACUAUAACUUCAUCAGUCAAGUUGGAUGAAUCCUGCCUGAUGAAAAUGAGACAUAGAUGGUGAUAAAUCAAACACCUGAGGCAUAUGUAUCAAUGUACAGUAGUGCAAUGUUUCAGAACUGGAGAUGGAAACAUCAGUUGACUGCUUUUAGCUCUGUAUUUGUUUUCAUCAUUGAUGUAUUUCUGUUGUUUAUCCUUUGUUGUGCAUCACUCUGGGCUCUGUUGGAGGAAAGGUGAUUCACAACACAAUUAAUUAUUAUUGUUAUGAAAAAAAUAAUAUAGAAAAUCUCUGUACCAUACUAAGCACAGUAUGUUUUCCCUACAUGGUUCCCCCGCCCCCCCAUUAACCAACACCUAAACUUCAUGCUGACCUUUCGUAUAUACACAUUUCACUGUUUGCACAUUGUUGGGAACCUGCAAUUGUACUGAGAAGCCACAGCCAUCCACACACAGUUAAUGUGUGGUGAAACUGAUGAAGCCGUUCAGGGACCACCAGAUUCCAUGGAUACUCAGUCUGCUGCCAUGCUGCCCUCUGCUGCUCUGAAUUUUGCCCAUGCAGUUUCUGUUUAUGUUCCUCUUCGAUAGAAUGACUAGCACAGAGCAAUCAAGGACCAUCAGAACCAGAUCCUACAUGCCUACCAAGAGAAGAGAAGUCAAUGUUGGGGGUCAUUAGAUAAACAGAAAGGGAGAUGAAAACAGAUCGCACCCUCUGAUCAUACUGCUAAAGAGUAUCUUCCUUCUGGAUUUUGGUGGGGCUGAGGCAGCACUAGACUUUAGAGGCAGGAUUAGCAUUUCCAUGUCCUUGGUUCUCCUUGGCACAUUCCAUGCUGCUCCUCCAACAUCUUUGGCCAGGCCAGUGUAGCGAGAGCACUACUAUAGCAACCAGAAUCUCAGAGACUGCUCUGUUCUAUGGUACCAGAGUCUAGGUGCUGGGCAGGAAUGUAGCUGUGAAGGUUGCUCUUUCAGGGUUUCUGCAGAAGGUGUCAUCCAGAGGACAGAUACACAUGUAACUCCUGACUCAGACUCUGCCAUCCCAUCCUAAACCAAAAGAGAGGAGACGAAGGAACUUUGCAUAAGCUAUAGCAAGGAGAUUGCCAUACCUACACCAGUCCAUUCAAAGAUUAGAUUUUCUCCUGGUGGUGUUGGAAGCCAGAUCCAUCUUCACCAUGAGUACUCUAUUUGGGUGAGUGAGUAGGUCUUGCCCUCCUCAAUGAAGAAGGCAUGGCUGUGCAUUUAGAUCUCUGAGAAUCUUGCAUAGAAGGCAGCAUAGUUGGUAGCAUAGUGGGAUCGUCUGAAUAGGCAACACUGAUCCCGUUAUUCCAGUGUGACAUUUAUCAGGCAUUAUAUUCUCAGUGGCAUCAUAUACCAGGCAGAUGUGGCCCUGAGUCUGGUCCUUCCAUCCCCAAGACCAGGGUCCAAACUAUGAAUAUACCUCUCUUGUUCAACUCUCAAUACCAGACCCUACAAAAAAAUACCUGUCCUAAAAAUAAAAUUUUGCUUCCACAUAGGCUUGUACUUCAAACUACCACAAUAAAAUCUAUUAGCAUCAUCACUUUGGGGGGCUGUUAGGUUGCCAGCGUUGCUAUCUGUAUUUUUCUAUUUUCCCUGUGUAUUUAAAUACGUUAGCAAACACAAGCGAGGAAUGGCAGUUUCUUGAAUCCUUGGGUGAGUCCCCUCUGCAGCAGUGUUGCUGACCAGAUAGCCCUGCCUUGCCCUGCUUCAGUGCUGGGUGUGGCAGCCAUAUACUGUAGAAACAAUGGGUUUUCUUGGUCUUUGAGAUAAGCUGCCUCACUGUGAGAUGUGGAUGCUGGCCCAUGAAAGAGGAAGUAGCAUGUCAAAGCACUGCAAGGGGUCCUUAUGGGCCUAGAGAUGCUACUGCAGUAGAUGCCAGAAUCUGCCUAACUUGGCUAUGUUUUCUGUCAGGUGUAAACAAUGGCUAUUAAAGUGUUUUAGGGCAGGCACCAGUCUAGAAGGCAGCUCCCUCUUCAUGUACAUGGCAUUGUCCCAGUGGUGUAUGUAUGUUGGACAAAGGACACCUAGGUUGUGCAAGAACAGGGAGAGAUUAUAGGCCCUGCAGCCAGCCCAGCAUUACUAAAAGUGAGAGGUGACUGUUCUAAUCCUUCACUGUCUAAACUGUUCUAAUCCUUCACUGUCUUUUGGCAGGCAGUAUGAUCCCGGUGGCCGAAUUCAAGCAGUUCACAGACCAGCAGCCUGCUUUCAAGGUUCUCAAGCCAUGGUGGGAUGUGUUGGCCGAGUACAUCACUAUAGCCAUGCUGAUGAUAGGAGUUUUUGGCUGCACUUUGCAGGUGAGUGAGUAUGGGGGGAGCCCACGCAGUGCCUAGGUGCUGCCAUGGUGUCAUAGAAUCAGAGAAUUGUAGAACUGGAAAGGACCCUUGCAAUGCAGGCAUCUCAGCUAGAACAUCCAUGAAAGAUGGCCAUCCAACGUCUGCUUAAAAACCUCCAAGGAAGGAGAAUUGGAAUCUUGGAAUCAUUGGAAUCUUGGGGUGAUGAUCCACUCACUGCCUGUGGGAGAAGAGGCUCUAAAUAUUUGGGGGCAGUCUGGGCAAGGGUGGAAACGACCCCAGCACAGAAAUGGUCAACUUCUACAGCCUGGGGGGCUGGAUUCUCUGCAUCCAACCACUUGUAAGGGGUGGUGGCCUAGCACUGUGCAGCCUCAGUAACGUAGGCAGGGAGGCUCUGUUCUCCAAACGUUGAAGACCCUAUGUGGCAGAGAUGAGGGAUUGAGUACUGAGUAUACUGGAUUCAUGCAGCCCGGGAGCCACAACUUUUUAGAUUCUAUCCCGUGUGAAGGGCAUGAAGUAUUAGGUGAUAGAUACCAUAGCAGGGCUGGGAAGGACCUCUGUGCCAUGACUUCACCUUCUCUUGCCAGUGCUUUAUCAUAACUCUCCUCAGAUCCAAAGAAGCCCACAGAGGGUUAGAUCCUUGGGAAGGAAAGAUAAGACAUGUCUCAUGCAACCCCCUCAUUCUGUAAUCAGUAUUGAAAACGCAGCCCUAUAGCUGACACAGCAUAGAAAAUGCAUGCAGACGAGUUAUUAGCAGGUUUAUACAGGGGCAGAUUUCCCCUUGGCCCCUUUAGUAUUAAGACUAGAUUAUCAGUUCAUUUAAAUUAGGUCCAUUUUGACUACACAUGAAGCAGUAUUAGAUAUUAGACUUUAUCAUUUCAGACUACAGGUGGGGGAGGAUGCCUUUUUAAAUAACAUGUAGAACAAAAACUCCUUAAAAGUGAAACCAGCACAUCAGAAAGAGCUGUUCUAGACCAGCCUACUCCUUGCUAUGCUAGUUUUCUACCUGCAGGGACUUUAAAAAAAUAUAUGAAGAGGUACAGUCCAUUCAGCCACUUCAAGGCUGUACUUGUUCAUCCCCACCUCAUAUAAACUGUUGCGUUCUACCACCAGCUUCUGUUUUAUAUCAUGUUCCUCUCUUCUCUUUCCUAACCUGAUGUGACAGGUAACACAAGAUAAGAUUAUCUGCCUUCCCAACCAUGUGCCUGAUGGCACAACCUUCACUGGUGCAUCUUGUGAAGAUUUCACGAAAAAGAGAGCCAAUGUCUCUGAGCCAGUAGGACCCUCUGCCAACCAGCGAAUGAAUGGAUUGAAGAACAACCUAGACCUCCAACAGUACAGCUACAUCAAUCAGAUGUGCUAUGAGACGGCCCUCCAUUGGUACGCCAAAUACUUCCCAUACCUCGUGGUCAUCCACACCCUCAUCUUCAUGGCGUGCACCUCGUUCUGGUUCAAGUUUCCUGGGACCAGCUCCAAGAUUGAGCAUUUUAUCUCCAUCCUGAGCAAGUGCUUUGACUCGCCCUGGACUACUCGAGCCAUCUCUGAAGUCUCUGGGGAUAACCAGGAAAAUGCAUUCUUAGAGAAGGGGUACCGGAGGAGGAAAAGCAGUGCUCCCAGCGAGACAGCUGAACUCAACCCCCCCGGGGGAUCGGUGUCAGAAAAGAAGGUUUCAGAGACCUCCCCGGUUAGCCUAUUGGACAAAAAGGAAGGGGAGCAGGCCAAAGCUCUCUUUGAAAAGGUGAAGAAGUUCCGGCUCCACGUUGAAAAAGGAGACAUCCUUUACACCAUGUAUAUCCGCCAAACCGUUCUCAAAGUCUUCAAGUUUCUCGUCAUCAUUGCCUACAAUGCAGCCUUGGUUUCCAAUAUCAGCUUCAUUGUGCCAUGCACUGUCAGGAUGGAGGACAUGACGGGCUAUGACCAUUUCUGCUGCAACCACACCAAAGCCCACCUCUUCUCCAAACUGGCCAUCUGCUACAUCUGCUUCCUUGGCAUAUACGGCAUGACGUGUCUCUACACGCUCUACUGGCUGUUUCACCGGCCGCUGAAAGAGUACUCCUUUCAAUUUGCACGCAACGAGACAGGCAUCAGCGACAUUCCUGACGUCAAGAACGACUUUGCUUUCAUGCUCCACCUCAUUGACCAGUAUGAUUCCCUCUACUCCAAGCGCUUUGCUGUCUUCCUUUCCGAGGUCAGCGAGUUCAGACUCAAGCAGAUCAACCUCAGUCAUGAGUGGACGGUGGACAAACUGCGGCAGAAGCUGCAAACCAACGCCCAAGGCCGGGUGGAGCUCCAUCUCUUCAUGCUACCAGGGUUGCCUGACACCACCUUUGAGCUGAAUGAGCUGCAGUCCCUGAAGCUGGAGCUCCUCAAAGAUGUGACAUUCCCACCCUCAGUGACUCAGCUGGCCCAGCUCCAGGAGCUCACACUGAUCAACUCUCCCGUCAAGCUCUCUUUCACCUCUCUUAUGUUCUUCCGUGAGCAGCUGAAGGUAAUGACUGUGAAGUUUGAUGACAUCAAAGAUAUACCGCUAUGGACCUACAACUUGAGAGGCUUGGAAGAGUUGCACAUCUCGGGACUUUUCAGUCCAGAGAUGGGCCGGGCAGGAACUCUGGAGAACCUGCGUGAGCUGAGGAAUCUGAAGACCUUGACUCUGCACAGCAACAUCUCAAAACUGCCACCUAGCGUGUCUGACGUUGCCGCCCAUCUGCAGAAGCUCAGGAUCUACAACGAUGGGACUAAGCUAGUGACCCUCAACAACCUCAAGAAGCUCUUCUCUGUGCAAGAAGUGGAGCUGAUAAACUGCAACCUGGAACGCAUCCCCCAUGCUGUUUUCAGCCUGGUGAACAUGCAGCAGUUGGACCUCAAGGAUAACCAGCUGCAGUCCAUUGCGGAGAUCAUCAGCUUCCAGCAUUGCCGCAAGCUGGUGUGCCUCAAACUUUGGCACAACCACAUUUCCAGCAUUCCUGAACACUUCCGCAAGCUCAAGACCCUAGAGCAGCUUGACCUCAGCCAUAACCGCAUUGAGGUCCUCCCUUCCCAACUAUUCCAGUGUUCUAGGCUGCACACUUUGGACCUUUCCUAUAACAAUAUCCAGGUCAUCCCCCCUGGGAUGGGAGUCCUGCAGAGCCUUCAGCAUUUUGCCAUUUCUCACAACUCCUUAGAGGCACUGCCAAACGAAAUCUUCUUCUGCAAGCAGCUCAGGGUUCUCAAAGUAGGACACAACAAACUGCACCGCCUCUCUGACCGUGUGAGUUGGCUGCCUUCACUCUCCACACUAGACUUGAGAGGAAACCCCCUUCAGGCCCUUCCCUUGGAGAUUGGCCAGUGCCCAGUGCUCAAACGGAGUGGCCUGCUGGUGGAGAGCAGUCUUUAUGAGGCGUUGCCUUUGGAAAUUAGGGAGAAAAUGGAGGAUCAGUGAUGAGGAGAAUGAUAAAGGGGACAGGGGUGUCCUCUCAUGUGUUGGCCCCAUUGAGUCCAAACAUGGACUGAAUGGGGGAGCUGGCUGAAGUUCUAUCUUCGGCUGGAACCAAGGAGGGAAUGGGAACUUUUCACCCUAAUAAGGGAGCAAAGGAAUUGAAAAGACACAACAAAGAGCAGAAGUAGAAAGUGACUUUUUAAAAAAUAAACAACCCUGUUUUCUGAAUGGAUAAGACCACAGGAAUUAUCCAUUGGGGCGGGGGCGGAAGCACAGCUACACCUGACCAAAUCAUCAUUAUAGCUAUUUUUGUAC